GUCACGUGAUUACAUCACGAGCAGACGCCCGGUCACGUAAUGCGCACCACAGAGGGGCACUGCAGGUGUCACAGCGGUGUACGGUGAUGAUGUAAUGUUGCUACGGAUGGCGGUGUGUGCCAGGCUAUGUGGAGUGGGUCAGUCUCGCCGGUGCAGGCGGCGGCAGAGGCACAGCCAGGCGGACCGAGAGAGCGACUCGGAGAUGGACAUGGACGAGGAGGAAGACGAGAGGGUCGUGGGCAAACUGAAAGACGACCCCGAUGGGAGCAGCUGUCAUAAGACCCGCGGUGCGGGGCCUAGCGGUGGGGUCGGUGGACUCGAGGCCUCUGCGGGGCCGCCUCAUCCGCAGUCGCUGCUGGAUUUGCCCCCGGAGAUUUUAGUGGAGAUCUUCUCGUCUUUACCGGGCACGUCGCUGCCGAAUCUGGCGCUGGUGUGCAAGAAAUUCAGGCAGAUCCUGAACACGGAAACAAUCUGGAGGAGGAGAUGUACAGAGGAAUUCGGUAUGAAAGAUGACCUGCGGAAGAUGGAGAUUGUGGGUAUGUCAAGCCGAGAGCUUUAUGUUAAAAGUGUGAACCCGCAGGUGAAGUCAGGGCGCUUUAUGAAGCUCCUCCCCGAUUAUGAGCACAUGGACUAUCGGGACGUGUACACACACUUGCUACAUCCAUACAGACACAUCCUUGGUCUCUGGCAGCCUGAUAUCGGCCCCUAUGGAGGAUUAUUGAAUGUGGUGGUUGACGGGCUGUUCAUCAUUGGCUGGAUGUAUCUGCCACCCCAUGACCCCCGUGUGGAGGACCCGAUGCGCAGACGGCCCCUUUUCCGCAUCCACAUGUGGGAGAAAAACAAAGCCACGGUAGAAUGUAUGUACGGUCACAAAGGCCCUCAUAAAGGAGAUAUUCAGACUGUGAAGAAAGAUGAGUUUUCCACCAAGUGCAACCAGACAGACCACCAUCGUAUGCCUGGGGGCAGACAAGAGGAGUUCAGGACAUGGUUGGAGGAGGAAUGGGGAAGAACAUUGGAGGAUAUUUUUCACGAGCACAUGCAGGAGUUGAUCCUCAUGAAGUUCAUUUACACCAGCCAAUAUGAUAAUUGCCUGACGUAUCGGCGGAUUUAUCUGCCCCCGUACCUCCCCUCAGAUCUCCUACGGCCGGGUCUCUUCAAAGGGACGUAUGGAAGUCACGGCCUGGAGAUUAUAAUGCUAAGCUUCCAUGGCUCCAAGGCCAAAGCCACCAAACUUACUGGUGAUCCUAACGUACCGGCAGGUCAGCUGACCUUAGAAAUAGACCUGAACCGCCCGCUGCGUCUGCCAGACUUGGAGCACCAGAAGAACAUGGACGAGCUCUCACGGCUGGUGAUGGGGGUGCACGAGGAAGCCCAGAGGGGUUCACAGGACCGGGACACUCCGCCAGAGGGUGCAGAGGCGAGCCCGUCUCAGGAUGCAGAGGGCUCAGAUUCAGCUCCCCCUGCUGUAGAGGAGAGCGCCGGGGCAGUAGCGGCUGAGUGCAGUGACACACCUCAAACACAACCGUUUGUGCUGCCUCUGGGAGUCAUGGCCCGUAAUGAAGUGUACCCUCGAACCUGUAAGAUGUGUUUUUACGGAACCGGCCUGAUCGCCGGCCACGGCUUCACGAGCCCGGAGCGCACGCCAGGUUUGUUCGUCCUGUUUGACGACGACCGCUUCGGCUUCAUCUGGCUGGAGCUGAAAUCCUUCAGCUUCUACAGCCGCCUGACGGAUCAGCUGACCCACGCUCAGGCCCCCGACAUGGAGCGCUUCGAGGCCAUGCUCCGCAACAUGCAGUCAUGGACAUCCUGAUAGCACUCAUUUUUUCCACCAUCAGACACACACACACACACACACUCCUGCAUGCACCUGCACAGGUGUGUUUACGGCGGCAUGCACAUACAGGUUGUAUUAUAUUAAGCCUUUCUUAUCAGCUUUUUAAUUAAUUUAUUUUUGUAACCGGAAAACGGUGAUGAUGAAUACGAUGAUGUGAAAAUUCACCCGUGUACUCUGAAACAAGCUGAGCGUGCCUCUGAUUUCAUCUAUACCCAGAAUCCUGUGCUUUUGUGAUUUAGAAUUAGUUUUAGAUUACGUUAGCUGCGUUCGUCAUCUUUUAAUCAAUGUAAUAUAUGUUAUUUAUUUUUCCUGGGAACAUUAUUUGUAAAAUCCAGACUGUAUUUGACAAACAUCGUGACAUGCAAGUGCUCUUUCAGUUUUUUGGUAUUGUCAUCAGAGUAGUAAUCUUGAAAGAAUUCACAUUGACAAAAAAACAAAUGAACGGUCAAUUUUUUUGCUUCUUGACUAAUUUUUGCUUCAGCGAUUCCAAGUUUUCUUAAUCAUCACUGCUCAUUUGCAUAAAUGUGUACUCUGUCCGGAGUAAACGUUCUAAUAAUCAAUUACUCUUAAUUUAUUUAUAAUGCGCACACAUUUUUACACAACAAUUUUAUUGGCUUUACAAUGGCUUCAUUUUUGGGUUCAGUUCAAUUUCAGCGUCUGUUCUGAGUUGUCAGCCAAUUUUACGCCCAUGUGUAAGCAUUUGUUUCAUUGUCACCGCGAUUCUCUUCAUCUAGCUGUGCAGCUCUCUUCCAAGUGCUCUUCCCUACGCAGCGUAGAUGUUUAUCCGAGGAAAAAUUCCUCUACUUUUGUAUUUGACUGCAGCAUUACUUGCAUUGGAAAAUCAUCAACCAGUAUAAUGUAAACUGAAUAUAUUAAUAUAAAUGCGUUAAAAAUAUUUAAACACUGAUGAAUAUAUUUCGCCUUUUGUUUUAGGGACGGUUGUAUAUAAGACCAUGUACUAAUUUUAAGAAUGUCGCCUGUGUUUACAAACUCUAGAAUUGUUUCCAGUGGAUUAUUCUCAUAGCUUUGACUUUGACAACUGAUUUUAUUGAAUUGAUUUAUUGAUUUGUCAUUUGAGUAGUUUAUGUGGGCUGCUAUUUCAACUAUAUUCCCAUGUAUUAUCGAUCCUUCAAUAUUACAAAAAAAGUCGGCGUAAAUUGCCCCGUUGUACUUUAACACACACACCUGAUGUUUUUUGUCAAAUUAAUUUGUGCACAAUUUUCCGAAAAUAUACAUUUCGUCUUCCUAAAAUGUAUUAAUUUUGUCUUCCUUGGAAACUACGUUAAUAUUUUGAUGAUGUCACCAAGACCACACCUCCUAUUGGUUAAUGAUCACCAAUACCAAUUGAGGAAGUGUUUGAGAUUAUUGUUCUAUGUAACGCAGACUUUCUAAAAUGUUGCCAAGUCGUAGUGCACAAAUUUAAGUUACAGCAAUAAUGUUUGAUUUGAAACAGGUGCGAUAUCGAAAAGCUCUUGAGGGUGAAAAUCCUCUCUAAUAUUGGCUACCUUUGCUCUCCAAAAUAGAAACCACGUUUAGGUCUGGUUCCAGGUCUUCUUGAAAAGCCCACUUGAUAUCCUGUUUCAUUCAUAAAUGUGUUGCUUUAUAAAAGUACAAUGGGUUGCAAAUGACAGUUCAUUUUGACUUUCCCUCCAUUAUUUAUUAUAUCAUUGUUUCUCCCGUACCGCUACUGUGAUGUAGCUUUGCGCAAAACACUGUGCCUCCAACUUUUAUUUGUGCCGUUUUUGAGGUCUUUGUGUUCUCAUUGAAAUGAAAAUGAAGAUAUGUUAACUCCAUUCUAAAUGACAUUCGAGAAUCAAGCGAUUGGUAAACGUUUUUUUUCUCCUUCCGAUUAUAAAGCAAACUAUAGGACUACACAAUAAUUCGAUAAAGCAUAUUCCACAUCGGCAAUGUGUUAAU